AUGUCACGAGCAUCUGCAAGCCACACACAAAGCAACGUGCGAGAAAGGCUCGGCCCACGACUUGACGUUCGUGCUCGCCUGGGCCCACAGGAGAAUGUACUUCAAAGGCUAGGCUCCCAGGGAGAUCAAACUGACAAUCGCCGCAAUGAGGAUCGUGAAGAGAGGCGCUCCGCUGCCCACUCGCAGAGAAAUAUUCACGAAAGGCUAGGCCCCCAGGGAGGUCAACCCGGUAACCCUCGCAAUGAGGAUCGUGAAGAGAGGCACUCCAUUGCCCGCUCUCGGAGAACCAACUCUCGCCGUCAAGCUGCAGAAAAUCCCUCGCAAUCGCAGUCCACCAACACGCCUCCUAGGCAGCGCGGACGAGAGGGCCGACCCUUGCAGACCAACGAGGAGGUCAAUCAGCGUUGCCCGAAUCGCAAAAGUCGCCAACGUGAUCGACCAGCAAUGCGCGUGGAAGACGUGGAGAAGCUUGUGAAUGACCGACUUCGAGACUUGAAGACUGGCGAGAACCUCGAGGAUGAACUGCGUAAGGAGAUGGACCAGGCGAUCUCUACUCCUUUCACCCCUGAAAUUGAGCAGGCUGCUCCCCCGAAGCGAUUCUCAACUCCUUCUUUUACGCAUUUCAAGGAGAUUCCAAUCCCGAAAGCCACCUAA